GGGAUCUCUUGUUGUAUGGCACCUAUAAAAGCUUUGAAACGGUAAUGAGGAAGAAGAGGGACUUUGCUCACUAACGCUUCAGAUCUUGUGAUGCUGCGGAAGUACCUCUGCUUAUCGCCGCAACCAGACACUGACCAGGUCGCUUUUUAUGCAACAACUCCAGCAUGGAUUGGAAGAAUGACCUGAGACGAACCCACUCAGAGAGGAGCAUCCCCUCCGCCAGCGAUAAACCCACCCGGACCGACACAGGACUGCGGGACAAGAUGGUUUCUGUGUCCGAGCUGGUGGCAAGGUAUCAAACAUCAGUGAGAGCAAGUUCAGGUGUCAAAGCAGCUUCAAGGCACAGCACACCUGGAGCGACAAAGCCAGAAAGGACACCGUCUCCCCAACCAAGCAGGGAGACCAGCUUGGAGUUUCUGCUGAGGAGAAACGAGGAGAGAAAACAAAGUGGAGCCAAGCCCAUUUUGACCCGCAGUAAAUCCGUGGGAAGCCUUCAAAACAGCAGCGGCUCCAUUGAGGCCCUGAUGGCUGUGUUUGAACCCAAGGGAGCUGCAAAAACCAAAGUGAGGAGCAGUUUCCCUCCUGCAAGCACCACACCGAACGGCACGGAAGAGAUGCCAGUAGUGAUGAACGGAGAGGCCGAGGACAUGCUGAGCCCUGCAGAGGGGAAGAAGCUACUCACUGAAAACCACAUCAAAUAUGAACAUCAUGAGAGUCAAAAGAGGAAAAGAGGAAGUUAUUUGCAGAGCAGAGAGACAACGCUGUCGCCCAUCCCAAGGAGGUCGUGUCCGUCUCAGUCAGAGCCAUUUCUGCGCUUUACAUGUCUAAAGUGGCAACUCAGGACUCGGCACGCAAACUUUCCAAACCGGAAGAGCAGAGGACAUUUACAUCUGGAAAAAGAACCAAACUAACCAAGUUCCAAUCGGCCUCUCAUGAGAUGUGCUCUGCCUGUCAGAAGCCCGUUUAUCAGAUGGAAAAAAUCACUGCGGACAAAUACAUUUUCCACAAAAUCUGCUUCUGCUGUAAAAAAUGCAAGAAAAAACUAAGCAUGUACAGUUUCGCUCCCUUAAAUGGAGAAUUCUACUGCAUUUUUCACUACCAACAACUGUUCAAAGAAAAGGGGAAUUACGAUGAAGGCUUUGGACACACUCAGCACAAAAACCGCUGGAUUUUGAGGAAUGGAGCCCCCGGAAUGACGGAUGAAUCUGAAGCAUAGAGAGAUGAUGUGAUUGGGACCAGGAAGGAGCUUGUCAAAUGAUUGCCUUUGCUUUUUAUACUGACUGAUCAUUAAUGUUUAGCUAUUUCACUGCAGCUGAGUGUCAAGAAUUUCUAAGAAUUUCUAAGAACUGCAAAUGUAUGCAGAUGUUUACACAUUUAAAAUUCUGGUUUUGUAAGAUUUAUAAAAUUAAAAUCACACUUUGGUUGGCUUCAACAUCAUAUUACUGUAACAACUUUAAAUAAAGGUUUUUGGAGGUUUGGUUUAACCAGAAUGAAAAAAAGAAUCUGAAAAUAAUAGUUCCUUUUGAUGUAAUUUUAUAUUUUUGUGUAAUAAAAAUGAAAUGUAUGUAUAAUUUAUGUUGUCAUAAAUUCAAGAAAUGUGAAAUUGACUAAUAACUUUAAA